UCCUGAUCAGUUUUCAUGCGAGAGCUUUCCUGAGUGACGAUGCCGUCAUCCAACGAACUUCAGAUUGUGCAAGUUACUUCGAAUUUAUGAAAGGUGCUUUCCCGAGGAAAUCUCGUCUCAGUGAUAACAACACUUUUCCCUUGGCUUUUGCCAUCUCCGCCCACUUUCAAGUGGGCAUUUUAGAGCUGUUCUUGGCCACUUCAUUCGAUCCUCUGGAUUCAUAUUGUAUUCAUGUCGAUGCCAAGGCCGACGAGAAAGUGACAAAGGCUGUGGAUCAGAUGGUGAAGUGUUAUGAAUGGAAACACCCAAAGGCCACCAUUUUUACUGUGGAUGAUCCUAUCUCUGUGUUUUGGGGCCAUUUUUCUGUCUUAGAGGCGGAUCUGAAAUGCAUGCAACUCUUGCGGACGAGGAACGCCCAUUGGAACCUGCUCAUCAAUCCAGCUGGAACAGAACUACCACUCAAGCCAAUGCCGGAAAUCAGAAAACACCUGGAGAAGUUCCCCAAUGGAAUUGUGGAUUCUUUUCCGCUUCCAGAGGACAGUAAAGGCAGAUUUUCCUUCUCACAUGAAUUGAAAAACGUGGGAAUAGGCCAAGUCCACAUGAAGAUAACGCAAACCGACAAAGUCAAGAAAUUGCCCCCUGGAAACAUCGUCCUGAGGAAAGGCUCCAAGAAUGUGGCUUUGUCCAGAGAAGUUCUCGAUUUCUUUUUGGAUGAUCCUUUUUCCCAAAUUUUCUUAGAGUGGCUUCAAGAUACAGCUGUUCCCGACGAACAUUUCUAUUCUACCAUCAUCACUUUGUUCAACAAUGGAACUCGCGACCUGGACAAUGUGUCACUUUAUAAAGGCUGCGUAAGGUUGUCUUGGUGGUUUGAUCACAAUUGCAAGGGGAAAAAUGUCAGGGAAAUUUGUAAUUUUGGUCUGGAAGAUUUGCCUAGAUUACAUCAAAAUGAAUAUUGCCUGUUUGCUAACAAAUUCAACCUGGAUGUGGAUCCGAUUGCUCCUAUGGAGCAUGCUCUUUAUUUAUUGAAUGUAUAAUUGAACAUUACAUAAUAUAGAUUUUCUAAGCUUU